GAUCAGCGCCGCGGGUACGGCAUCGCCGUGUGGGGAGCUGGAGGUGCCGCUGGCGCCGCGGGCGGCGCUGCCGCCGGACCGGCCGUGGCCCAGGCGGGUGGGGCUGGUCGCGUGGCGGCAGGCGCGCCCGCCUACGUGCCGGCCCAGCCUCCCGCGCCGGGGGCGCCGGGCGAGGGCGAGGACGACGGGCCGGGCCCGGCGGCGCUCCAGGGCCUCAUGGGGGUCGGCCGCGACUUCCGGCCGCCAGCGCGGCCGACGGUGCAGCCGGUGACGGUCCACACAGUGCGUUGGGUGGCGGCUGAGAGCGUUGAGUUCCCUGGAGGCAGCGUGGGCCGAGGAGAUGACGUGGCGUUCAACGGCUCGGAGAUGGUGUCGGGCCGAAAGGGGGUGAUCGUGCUGAUGGGGGUGUCCGUGCUGAUGGAGGACAUCGGCGACGCGGAUGUGGAGGCCUACAGGUCGAAGGAGGCCCACCACGACGCGAGGUUGCUGAAGUUGCAGAGGGACUCCCGAGGCGACCGACAUCGUCCCUGGCGUGACGUGGCCCGUGAUGCGAGCGCAGUGAAGCAGACGGACUGGCCCGUGCCGGGCCCACAGACGGCAGAGUGGUGCACUAAGUUCCUCGAUCGACUGAGUGAGGGGCCCGUGGGCUGGGAUCGGCGCUGGCGGGCCGACAACAGGCUGUCCAUGGACCAGUGGGGGGUGUCCGAGCACGAGACGCUGGCGAAGAUCCUCGAGCGCUUGGGGACCCACGACCAGUGCGACGUUGUGAACCUAGCGGCGGCGGAGGACAUCGUGCGGCGGAUGCAGGUCAUCGAGUACUUCUACUACGAGGUCCAUCGGCAGUCGGACUCCAGCAAGCAGCAGGACAAGAAGGGCGGCAAGGGUGCGCGCCUCGAGGAGAUGGCCGUCUUCUCGGGGAAGCAUCGUGAGUACGGCGAGGUGAUGGUGGCGCCCGAGCUGCUGACCUACGUCGCCUCCGAGCUGGAGCGGGAGCGCAGCUUGGGGAUGAUCCAGGCUGCGGUAGCUGAGCUCGGACGGCCGCCCGCCGACCUGACUCGCCAGGGGGCCCUCGCGGAGCUCCUGGCCAAGCGCAGCUACACCGGCGAGAAGGCGGCGGCGCGGGUGGCCGAGUCGGCCUUGAAGCGCCCAUGCUACGAUCCUUCGCUGCAGGGGAGGCCGCGCCGGUAUGCGCGACUCCUUGCGGCCCUCGACGGCGCAGGCAUGCUCGAGUGGAGGCGGCGUGGAUCGCCCCGGGUAGGCCUGUUUACUGUUUGGAAAAAGAACGGCAAGCAAAGAUUGAUUGUGGACGCGCGUUUAUCCAACUUGUGUUUCGCCUCUCCUGAUCCGGUCGACCUGGCCACUGGCGGAUCGCUCGCGCCCCUCGAGGUUGACCCGGGGCCCCCAGUGUGCCUCGCCCAGGUCGACAUCCAGGAUGCCUUUUACCACCUCCUCCCCCCUCCUGAGCUCGCCCCCUUACUCUGUCUCCGCCCUGUCACGGCCGGACUCGCUGGAGUCUCUGAGCUCGACGGCGCCGCUGUCUCUCCGACCCAGCUCGUGUACCCCCACCUGCGUGUUGUGCCGAUGGGUUGGAACCAUGCUUUGUGGUGGUGCCAGCGAAUUCACGAAUUUCAUGCCUUUCGACAGCCCGGCGUGUUCCUCUCAAACAAGCUCUCGGAUAAGAAGCCCGGGGUGCGUCUGGGCCGCUCGGGGUUUGCUCACACGGAAUACGUGGACAACUUCGCGGCCAUCGGGCGUCAGGCCAGUGAGGUCGAUGCCGUGGCCGAUUCCGUUCUAGACGCCCUGACCACCGCGGGGCUCUGCAUGCAUCCUCGUGAGAGCUCGGUUGGCGGGUCCGUCUUGGGUUGGGAGUUUAGUGACGAGUGCCCUCAGGUUCGUGCGAGCCCUCGCCGAGUGUGGAGGCUCCGUCUCGGCAUAGAAGGGCUCCUAGAGAGGGGCUUCGCCACUGGUAGGGACCUCGAGGCCAUCAUUGGACAUUUCACGUUUGCCGCUCGAAUUCGGCCUGAGGCCCUGUGCGUGUUCUCCGCUGCGUAUGCCUUCAGUCAGCGGGGGGCCGACACUCGCCGUAGGCCAGGCGGGUCUGCGAAGCGGCGACCUGUGCAGGGCGAGCCGCUCACCCUGUCGCGAGCAGCGGCGCUGUCCAAGGUUGGUCCGCGGCCGCGGCCGACCCAGAGGCAAGCCCGGGCGAAGGCAUCGGCGAGACCCGCCAAGCCUCGGCCCGAGGUGCUGGCCACGAGGGGGGAGCGGGCCGCUGUCCGGCAAGCGAAGUUCCCCGAGGACAAGCGCGCGACAGAUGGCGAGGGCCUCUCGCUGCUCGAGAGGGAGAGCGUGGGCGACCACAACCAGCGGGUCUACCAGUCGGUGCUCGUGGAGUUCAGGGCGUUCUCCAAGACCCUGGGCCUGCGCCUCAAGGCCGCUCAGGACUACGACGAGGCAGCCGUGGAGUGGGCCCACCACGCGUUCUUCGACGGCGGCGACGCCCAGGAGGGGACAAGGCUCAAGGCGGUGCUGCUGCACUACUACCCGCGGCUCCUGUCCGUCGCCGGACUGCCCCGGUUCAGCCGAGCGCUGAAGGGGUGGAGGCGACUGGUGCCGCCUCGGAGCCGGCUGCCGCUGCCAUGGGAGGUCGCCUGCGCGGUGGCAAACAAGCUCGUGGCGAACCAGGACCUGCACGCUGCCCGCCUCAUCAUCGUGAUGUUCGUGUUCUACCUGCGUCCCGUGGAGCUGAUGUCGCUGACCGGGCGGCAAGUGGUGCCGCCGGUGCGGGCGGCAGGUCACGAUGCGUGGUCGCUCGUGCUGUUCCCCAUGGAGGAGGAGACGCCCAGCAAGACCAGCGCUUUCAACGAGAGCGUGCUGGGCGACCUGCCGUUCUACCGCUUCAUCGGCGACGUGCUGAAGCUGCUCAAGGCCGGCGUCGACGACAAGGGUCUCGUGGCCCAGGUGCGGCACGUGCAGCUGGCACAGGCGUUCCGCACGGCGGGCCAGCAGCUGGGCCUCGAGGGCCCACCAGGCCUGUACCAGCUGCGACACGGCGGAGCGUCCGCCGACCUGGCCAGCGGCCGCCGCGGCAUCGCGGAGGUGAAGGCCCGCGGCCGCUGGGCCAGCGACAGCUCGGUGACGAGGUACGGCAAGGGAGGCCGCAUCGCCGACCAGCUGGCCAAGCUGCCGCAGCCGUUCCUCGACCACGCCAUCGCCUGCGCCAAGAAGAUUGGGCCCCCGCCCUUGCGGAGUGACCUGCACGUGAUGGGGUUGCCCGACCUAGCGCCUCGUGACGCUGAAAAGGUCAGGGUCGGCAACGCCCUGAUGAAGUUCUCAGCCUCGCUGUUUAUGCUGUGCCAAGCCGUGCGCGUGCCGGUAGCAAUCGAGAACCCUCACAUGUCUAGAAUUUGGCUGACGCUGUCCCCGCAGCUGUCCAGCGACGUCGUCGUGCACUACACCGCGUGGAAGGCUUCCACAGGUGAGAAAUUCGAUGACUCGUACAUGAGCGGCCAGCCGGCCAGCUUCAAGCUCGAUGCGGUGAUCCCGGGCUGGAGCGAGGGCGUGCGCAUGAUGCGGGAGGGCGAGGUCCGCAGACUCUGGGUCCCCGCCAAGCUCGCCUACGGCCCGGCGGACCCCAGCGGCGCGGAGCAGCCUGGCCCGCCCAAGGGCGACCUGGUGUACGAGAUGGAGCUCCUGAAG